CCAAAGGGAGAGGAGAGUCAGAGUGGAAGCCACAGCGUGAGGAAGACAGAGACCAAGAAGGAGUAAGAGAGAGUGAGAGAUUUUUGUGGGAUAUCUGCUGGACCCACCGCGACCCCCAAGAUGUUUAAGAAAAAGGACACUAAGGACAGUACGCUCAAGGUCUCGGGCAAGAUCAGCAAGAACCAGGCCAGCAGCUUGGCCUUGCUGAUCGCCAAGAUGCAAAAGAAUGCCGACCAGGUGGAGAAAGACAUCCUCAGAUCUGAGGAGAUGCUGGCUGUGGAUGCUGAAAAUGAGAAGAAAGAGCUGCCCUUCGAGCAUCAGAAUGAGAUAUCAGAAAAGCUGGGCGAGGCUGAGGGCCUGCUGAAGGACCUUUUCCUGGACGUCGACAAAGCCAAGAAGUUCAAACACCCACAAGCCACAGAGAUAGAGAGCGAUGUUGUGCACCUCCACGAACGCUGGUUGAAGGACUGCGUCUUCUACCGAGAAAUCUACGAGCAGAUUGAUGACGUGUCGCUGAUGCCGAGAAUCGACUGGGGGCCUGUUUUCAACGAGAAGCAAAAAGAGGUCAAUUCAGAGGAGUACGGCCCGACUAUGGCGGACCUGGAGAAGCAGAUUGCUGCUCACAACAUCCUGCACAAAGAGGUUGAGGCCUACAACUCACAGCUCUGUGUCAGCUCUGCAGGCAGCAAGGAGAAAUAUACAGCCCUGAAGAAACAGUACAACAAUCUACUGGAUAACUCCAAGUGGCGUCGCCACUACCUGAACAGCCUGUACGAGUACAUGCAGGGCUGCAACAAGGAACUGGCCUUCCUGGGAGAGGAGCAAGACAAGAUCAAAGGGCAGGACUGGAGCGACCGCAUGGUGGACCCACCUGAUGUCCGCAGGCAGUAUGAGAACUUCAAGAACAACAGCCUGCUGUCCCACGAGAGCGAGGUGAACAAACUCCAGGAGGAAGGAGACCGACUUGUUGAAAUGAAACACCCUGCCAGCGCCACGAUACAGACUCAGAGAGACGGCGUACGAACAGAGUGGCAAAAAUUCCUCAAUCUCUGCAUUUGUCAGGAGACACACCUGGACAAUGUGGAGGAAUUCAAAAGGUACCAAAUGGAGACUGACCAACUGUCAGAGAAACUGACCAGACUCAACAACAGCCUGGACCCCAAGUCCAUCAGCAAGAAGAGCAACUCCGAGACACUGCUGCAGCUUGAGGCGGAGGAGAAGGCUGUACAGAACAGUGAGCAGCUGCUGGCAGACCUGAGGAGACGCAGCACCACCAUAGCUCCUCUGAAGCAGCGACGCAUCAACCCGAACAGACCCAUCACAGUGGAGUCCCUGUGUGACUGGGAGACAGAUAAGGCGUCUCUGUCAAGAGGGGAGAAGGUCACCCUUAAAUCUAAUACAGACAGCGAGAAAUGGGAAGUCAUGUCCACUGAUGGAACAACAAAAACCUUCCCAGGAGUUUGCUUCCAGAUCCCUCCACCUGAUCCAGAGGCCAUUGAUAAAGUGGACCUGCUGGGUGGUGAACUGGCAGAUAUCAAAAAGAGAAGAGCUGGUCUGGCAGCAUCCCUGAAGAAUCACAAAGCUGACGUUUCCAGGCCCCAACAAUCAGUGUCUUUUGCUGCACCGGAUCCCAAAGCGGCAGCUCUGGCUCAGCAGCUGGACAGGCUGGACAGUGACCUGGUCAACGCUGAGGAGAGCAUGCUGAGCCGCCUGCGAGCCCCACUGAGUCGCACGGACCCGACCGGAGAUCUGUCCAACAGGCUGAGGGAACAAGAGCAAGCUGCCAAGGCUCUGAAGGCUCUGGAGCAGGAGAAGCUGGCAGCUCAGGCCGACCUGCAGCCCCUGCUGUCUAAAGAUCCCGCUUCUUCUGCACUGCCGCUCAAACUGAGUGCCGCCAACAACAAGCACGAUAGCAUUGCAGCGCUUGCUGACCUCUACAACAAGAAAGCGAAUGCAUCUCUCAACCUGGAAAGUCAGAUUAAGAAGGUGGAUGGCCUUGUGUCUGGUUUUGAGAAAAAGCUGAGCGACGAUGGCCCAAUCCCUGAUGUACCAAAUGCAAUCCAAGGCCACACUGUAGACAUUCAGUACCAGCGAAAGUCUGUGGCAGCAGCUCAGGAUGACAUGAAGAAGCUGAGUCAGGAUCUGGAGACCACAGAGCAGCUGUGCAGCUCUCUGCAGCAAGGCUACCAGGAGUUCUGCCCUGACAUCCAGCGCCAGAGAACAGAGGUCAAGCAACUGCAGACCCGCUAUGCAAACGUGGCCAACCAGCUGAAAGAGAGAGAAAACAUCUUACAAGAAGCCGCAACCAAGAACCAGGAGUUCCAGAGCACGUGCAAAUCCCUGAACUCCUUCCUGAACAAUGUGCCGACAAACCAGAUCAACAGCAGUGAUGAUCUGUCUCAGGUUGCUGCUAAGCAGAGCUCCCAGGAGAGGGUAUUGGAUGACUUGAAGAGGAAGGGAGAGGACAUGGACAGAGUGACUGACCUGUCUCAAGAUCUGCAGAAUCUACUCAAUGAAUAUGAUGCCAAUGUUGACAAAUACAACAGUACACUUGAGGAUGCUGGAGCCACUGUUGCAAAGAAACCUCAUCUGCUCACACUGGCUGAUGCUGUUCAGAAAGAAGAAAAGGAUCUGGUCAACCGUUACGCUGAAGCAACAGCUGAAAACACCCAAAGACAAAAACAGAUGGGCUUGGCUAAGAAUCUCAUUUUACAAAAUGAAGAGAAAGUCCAAGUAGUGGCACAGCAGCAAGUGCAGCUUGAAAACCAACAGAGGAGUGCUUUAGAGUUAAACAGUCUGUUGAAAGAACUAGAUGUCGAGAAGGACAGGACAGCUCAUGCCGAGACAGACCUGAGAACCUUUAAAGACAGAAUGAUGUCCUUGAAGAGUCGCAAAGGAGUCGAGCGUGUUGAGGAGAAAGAAGUACUGCACUACUACCGCGACCCAAAACUGGAAAGUGAUUUGGCUGACCUUCAAAACAAACUGCACGAAGAGGCCCUGAGGCGUAGCACCAUCCACACUGAGGUUGAGGUGUUUAACAAGAAAAUCAUCAUCCUGGAGGACACCCUCAAAAACACUCCACCUAAAGUGGCGACCAGAGAGGUGACAGAGUUUGAGAGAGAUCCUCAGCUGGACAUAGAUGCUGCUAAGAUGAGAGACGAAAUAGCAAGGAUGAGAGAUGAAAUUCGUGUGAAAGAUGGGGAGCAGAUUCAGAUGAAGACAGAAGUCACAAUUCUCCAGCAGAAACAACCACCCAUCAAACAGACUGUGGUUAAGAAGGAAGUUUUGAAAGUGGAACAAGACCCGGAAAUGUUGAGAGCAGUGCGAACAUUUGAGACAGAAAUUUCUGAUGAGAACAACAAGAUCAAGUUGCUAAAUGAUGAAAUCUUCCAGACAAGGAGCCAGAUUAAUGCACUUGAGAGACUGAUUCCUAACAUCAAGCCGAAGAUCAUCACUAAGGAAGUGAAAAAGAUUGAACAAGACCCUGACCUCAUCAAUGAAUCUAAGAAGAUUCGGACAAGCAUGGAGGGUGAGAAGAUGGAAAACAACUCUUUGUCCAGUGAGCUGAUGAAUCUCCACAGCCGCUACCAAGAAGUUCAAUGCUGGAAGCCAAAAAUCGAGGUGAAGGAAAUUGUUAAUGAGAUCUACCGGAUAGACCCGAACACAGAGGUGGAGAUAAUGCGGCUCAGGAAAGACAUACAAGACUCUGGCAAGCAGCGCUCUGAUCUGGAGAGGGAGAUCAGCCAGGUCACAUCUGAGCUGAACAUCCUUCGUUCUGAGAAGCCCAAGGUGGAGCUGAAGGAAGUUCUCCAAGAGGUGAUUAAGGAGGAAAGAAGCCCUGAAAAUGAGAGAGAGAUUCAGAGGCUAAAUGAUCAAAUGAACCAUUUACACACCACUUACAACUCUCUCCUGGACAAGGUGAGACUACUCAGGACAGAAAGAGAUGAAUGGAAGGCUGAAAAGUCCAAGAUAGAGACCAAACUUGUCACUAGAGAUGUCAUCAAGUAUGAACCUGAUCCUCUGUUGGAGAAAGAAGCUGAUCGCUUGAGAAGAGAUGUGCGGGAGGAGGCACAGCUGAGGCGCACCAUUGAAGAGAUGGUGUUUGACCUGCAAAACAAAUACAUCCUGUUGGAGAGACAGAAGCCUGAGGAGAAGCUGGUCGUGCAGGAGGUUGUGCGUUUACAAAAGGACCCAAGGCAGUUCGCCGAGCAUGAGAAGCUCAGCAGGAACCUGGAUGAAGAAAUGAAGACCCGACGUCAAACAGAGCUAGAGUUGCAGCAGCUGAGAACAAAGGUGGAAGAUAAAGAGAGGAUCCUCAGAGAGAGUGAUGAGCAUCAAAAGAGGCUUCAAGCCGAGGCUGAUCUCAGAGAGAUCCGCUUGCGUAUCACACAGCUGGAAAAUGCCCCACCUCCUGUUGAAGAAAGUAUUAUUGUUGAAGAGGUGCUGAAGGUUGAAAGAGACCCAAAACUGGACAGGAUGACAAACGAUAUUCGGUCAGACAUGGACCAGCAAACCAGCGAUAUCCUGCGUCUUCAGAGGGACAUCCAUAGCACCAAUGUAAAACUACAGAUCCUGCAGAAGGAGAAGUCUGGUGAGAAGACAGUGUACAAAGAGGUUGUCCGUGUUGAGAAAGACCAGGCUGUUGAAGCAGAGAGGGAUCGCCUGAGGGAGCAGGUGUCUCAGCAGAAGUUUACCAGACAGGACCUGGAAGAUGAAAUCAGACGUGUCAAUGAUAAAAUCAACCUUCUGAUGAGCACCAAGUCCAGCUCUUCAAGAGAGGAGACUAACCUCAUUUUGAACAGAGAUGCCUUACAGAGGGAGAAGGACAACCUCACUCGAGAGCUCAGGACACUUGAGGCCAAGAGACAUGACACCAGCCUGUCUUUCCAGCAGCAGAGCAGGCUAAUGAGUGAGAGAACACAGAUGAGCAGACAGAAGAGUCUUAAGUUGGAGUCUGACACCCAGUCUCUGGAGAGGAAAAUCCUGGAUGAAAAAGACAACAUCCAUGAGCGAGACAGCACCAUCCGGGAGCUCCUUCAGCUGCUGCAGAAGGAGGAGCAAACAGAGACACGGACCAAAGAGACCAAUGUCUCCACCAAAAUCACCAUUCUGGAUCCAGAUACUGGGAAAGACAUGUCUCCCUAUGAUGCCUACCUGCAAGGCCUGAUUGAUCGUGACCAGUACAUUCAUUUGCAGGAGCUGGAGUGUGACUGGGAAGAGAUUACUUCAAUGGGACCCGAUGGGGAGACAUCUGUACUGCAGGAUCGCAAGAGUGGAAAGCAGUACUCCAUCAAAGAUGCCCUUAAGGAAAACAGGUUGACACAGUAUGACCUACAAAUGUACAAACAAGGCAAGAUGCCCAUCUCAGAGUUUGCCUUGCUGGUUGCGGGUGAAACUAAAACGCAGUUCAACUCAGUCAUGAAAGUGAAAUCCGCCCCCUCCGACAUCUCCACUGCUACAGAAAUCUACCCAGUUGCUGGAAUAGUGGACACAAACACUGACACCUGCUUUACAAUACGCAGUGCUACCCUGCGCAAACUGAUCGACCCCAGCACUGCCCAAAAACUUCUGGAGGCUCAGGCAGCAACAGGUGGCAUCAUUGAUAUCAACAACAAAGAGAGAUACACAGUUCACAAGGCAGCAGCCAAAGGCCUCAUUGAGGACAGUCAACUCCAGAGGCUACUGAAUGCACAAAAAGCCUUCACUGGUGUUGAAGACCCCAUGACCAGAGAGUGUUUGUCUGUGGGAGAAGCUGUUCAGAAAGGCUGGAUGCCAAAGGACAAUGCCAGGCGCUGCAUGGAGGCACAGCACCUGACCGGAGGGCUGGUCAAUCCCAACUCUGGCCGCAGAGUAAGCCUCUUGGAUGCCAUUGGGUCCAAAAUGAUAGACAGCACAAUGGUGAGGGAGCUCCAGGCCGAGACAACCUACAUUAAGGAUAUUAUAGACCCAAUCACAAAGGAGAAGAUCAACUACAAACAAGCCCUGGAUCGCUGUAAGAAAGACCCUCUGUCGGGCUUACCAAUGCUGCCUGCCUCCUCCAAAGAGUCUGGUUACACUCCAUUGUACAACUCUAAAUAUGCAAGAUUCUAGAUAUGUUUACUACAUACUUCGAGAUAUCUGGUCUGUGGAGUGAUGCGGUAAAAAUGUGCUAUUAGAUUAUGUGAAAUCCAUACAUUCAUUACCAUGUUCAUUUUGACUCAGGAAAAGUCUUCUACUGCAAACUUGUCUGUCUAGCCAAAAUGACAGGUCCUGAGAGCCUUUGUUUACCAUACGUGUGAUGUGGGGCUGAUGUUUUUAAUUUAAAAACGGAGAAUAUAAAUGCAGUUUAUCUUUAUUAUUAUGUGCUAUUAGGGAUAUUGGGACAUGGUGCAAUGCUUUUUGCCAAGAUUGAUUUGAUUCUGUAUUACUCGUGGGCUGUCCUUCACAUUGUUCACUUUAAACUCAAUCUUGUUUGAUACAUUAUGAAGAACUAAAUAUCAAUAAAUUUAAAUUAUAAUGA